GUUUCCACUGCUGACGCUAAAAUAUCGCCCUGUCCUGGCUGGCCCGUCCCAUAGCUAGGCCAGUGAACUAGCCCACUCUCCUCCGGGGCUCGACCCUUGGCAGCGGCCCGCCCCGCAGCCGACCCUAGCGAAAAGGGGUGCCCGCUUCCCGGUCGGCCGCGAUGCCGAACGUGCAGUUGCCGCCCAAGGAGAGCAACCUCUUCAAACGCGUCCUGAAAUGUUAUGAACAGAAGCAGUACAAAAAUGGCCUCAAAUUUUGCAAGAUGAUUCUUUCAAAUCCGAAAUUUGCUGAACAUGGAGAGACUUUGGCUAUGAAAGGAUUAACACUGAACUGUUUGGGAAAAAAAGAAGCAGCAUAUGAAUUUGUACGUAAAGGACUCCGUAAUGAUGUGAAGAGUCAUGUCUGUUGGCAUGUAUAUGGGCUUCUUCAGCGUUCUGAUAAGAAAUAUGAUGAAGCCAUUAAGUGCUAUCGGAAUGCCCUCAAAUUAGAUAAAGAUAAUUUGCAAAUCUUGAGGGAUCUCUCUCUGUUGCAGAUCCAAAUGAGAGACCUGGAAGGUUACCGUGAGACAAGAUACCAGCUUCUUCAGUUGCGCCCAACACAGCGUGCUUCCUGGGUUGGAUAUGCUAUUGCAUACCAUUUACUGAAAGAUUAUGAUAUGGCAUUAAAACUACUGGAAGAGUUUAGACAAACUCAGCAUAUUCCUCCUAACAAAAUAGAUUAUGAAUAUAGUGAACUUAUUUUAUACCAGAACCAAGUGAUGAGAGAGGCGGAUCUAUUUCAGCAGUCUUUGGAACAUAUAGAAACAUAUGAGAAACAAGUAUGUGAUAAGCUGCUUGUGGAAGAAAUUAAAGGCGAAAUACUGUUGAAAUUGGGAAGAUUAAGUGAAGCCAGUGAAGUAUUCAAAAAGUUGAUUGAUCGGAAUGCAGAAAAUUGGUGUUACUAUGAAGGCUUGGAAAAAGCUCUCCAACUUAGCACUAUAGAAGAGAGGAUUCAGAUUUAUGAAGAAAUUAGUAAACAGCAUCCCAGAGCAAUUUCACCUCGAAGAUUACCUUUGAAUCUUGUCCCAGGUGAGAAAUGCAGAGACCUAAUGGAUAAGUUCCUGAGGGUUAACUUCAGUAAAGGCUGCCCACCCUUGUUUACUACUUUGAAAUCUUUAUAUUACAAUACAGAAAAGGUUUCUAUAAUUCAAGAACUUGUUACUAAUUAUGAAGCUUCUCUUAAAGCUUGUGACUUAUUUAGCCCUUGUGAGAAUGGAGAGAAGGAACCCCCAACCACACUACUCUGGGUUCAGUAUUUCCUGGCACAGCACUUUGAUAAACUUGGACAACACUCUUUGGCUUUGGAUUAUAUUAACGCUGCAAUUGCUAAUACUCCAACUCUAAUAGAAUUAUUCUAUAUGAAAGCAAAAAUUUACAAGCAUAUAGGUAACCUCAAAGAGGCUGCAAAGUGGAUGGAUGAAGCACAGUCUUUGGACACAGCUGACAGAUUCAUCAAUUCCAAAUGUGCAAAAUAUAUGCUUCGAGCAAAUAUGAUAAAGGAAGCAGAGGAAAUGUGUUCUAAGUUCACAAGGGAAGGAAUGUCUCCUGUGGAAAAUUUAAAUGAAAUGCAGUGUAUGUGGUUUCAGACUGAAUGCAUUUCAGCUUAUCAGCGUCUGGGCAGAUAUGGGGAUGCCUUGAAAAAGUGCCACGAAGUAGAAAGGCACUUUUUUGAGAUAACCGAUGAUCAGUUUGACUUCCAUACAUACUGCAUGAGAAAGAUGACUCUCCGUGCCUAUGUUGACCUUUUGAGGUUAGAAGAUAUACUCAGAAGACAUGCUUUUUAUUUCAAGGCUGCUAGAUCAGCAAUUGAAAUAUACUUGAAAUUGUAUGAUAACCCUUUAACCAAUGAAAGCAAACAACAAGAAAUAAAUUCAGAAAAUCUGUCAGCCAAAGAAUUGAAGAAAAUGCUUAGCAAACAGAGAAGAGCUCAGAAAAAAGCUGAAUUGGAAGAAGAGAGGAAGCAUGUGGAAAAGGAACGUCAAAAAAAUCAAAAGAAAAAAAGAGAUGAUGACGAAGAUGAAGCGAAUGGACUCAAGGAGGAACUUGUACCUGAGAAAUUAGAAAGGGUAGAAAAUCCAUUAGAAGAAGCUAUCAAGUUCCUUAUACCUCUUAAGAAUCUUGUUGCUGAUAAUAUUAACACUCACCUAUUAGCAUUUGAAAUAUAUUUUAGAAAAGGAAAGUUUCUACUAAUGCUGCAGUCUGUGAAACGAGCUUUUGCUAUCAAUAGGAAUAACCCGUGGUUGCAUGAAUGUUUAAUUAGAUUUUCUAAAUCUGUAUCUAAUCAUAGUAAUCUCUCAGACAUUGUGAGCAGAGUUCUGUCUCAAGAAAUGCAGAAGAUAUUUAUCAACAAGGAUUUAGAAAGCUUUAAUGAAGAUUUUCUCAGUCAUAAUUCUACCUCUCUUCAGCAUCUACUUUCAGGUGCUAAAAUGAUGUAUUUCCUGGACAAGUCAAGACAGGAGAAAGCAAUUGCAAUAGCCACUAGACUGGAUGAAACUAUAAAAGAUAAAAACGUAAAGACCUUAAUAAAGGUUUCUGAGGCACUGCUUGAUGGCAGCUUUGGGAACUGUGGUUCGCAAUACGAAGAGUACAGGAUGGCCUGCCAUCACCUUCUUCCUUUCACACCUGCUUUCCUGCCUGUGGGGAACAAAGUGGACAGUCCUGCUGCAGCACUGAAGCUCACUGUGAACUGUGAUAUGUUGGCACAUGAGAUGUGAAAUCUCACAGAAGAUCGACUGCUACAGACUCAAUUCAGUAUGAUCAGGGUGUCAUUUCUAGGGUACAUUUAAUAUGGAUGUGAAAGGAGAUACUUGGGUUGAAUUUUUAAAUGGAGUAUUCUAUAAGCUGGUUUUAUUCUUUGAUUCUGCUAGUUUACAUGAACACCUGUUAAGAUUUGUGUAUUUGUAUAGUUUUUCUUAAACUCACACGUUAUCAGCGUUGUGAUAGCUGCCAUUGCUUCUAUAUCAUAAUUUAUAAUUAGGCUAAGUUGUAUAGAUUUCCGGUGUGUUAAAUUUAAUUUGGUUUCAGGAUGUGCGUUUUGAUCCCCUGUCUUACUGCUUUGCUUCUGUGCCUUUCAAGGUUUCAACUAUAGCAAUAUAAAAUUUCUCUUGGCACAUAAUGAAUCUUAAAUUGCCCUUUUCAUCAUAAUUUUUCAUUAUUUACCAUUUCCUUUAUCAAUUAAAGUGACAUUUUCUAGUUUAAAAAGGGUACUCCAGUUUCACGUAGAUGAUUUAGAAUGUGAAAAUUCACUGGUGAAUUUGAGUAUCUCUUAAGGCAACUAGAUAAAAAGAGCAUAAUUCAUGCGUAUGAAUGUUA